GGUUGCUGGUGGGGGGGGGGGGAAGAGAGAUUUAAUUGGGACCCAGGGACAACCUUUCGUCCAGAGGCGGGUCCGUCUACGGAACAAGCCGGCAGAAGAAGUGGCCGAGGCAGGUACAGUAACAUUGUUUAACACUUGGACAGGUACACAGAACGGAAAAGGCUCCAAGCAGGGCCGACCACAGAUUGCUUGGCUUCAGAGCUGUGUGUCAGACAUGGCCAUAAGCAACACAGGGGCCCCACAGGGCACUGUAAUGGCUCCCUUCCUGUUUACCCUGUGUACCCUGGACUUUACAUACAACACUGAGUCAUGUCAUCUGCAGAAAUUCUCUGAUGACUCAGCAAUAGUUGGGUGUAUAAAGGGAGGAUGGGAGGGUCCUGGUGGAGGACUUUGUCAGAUGGUGCAGGCUGAAUCAUCUGCAGCUCGGCUUCAGUUGGACAAAGGAGAUGGUGAUGGACUUCAGGAAGACUAAUCCUGCACCGCUCCCUGUUACUAGUGAUGGUGAGGACAUGAAUGUGGGGAGGACCUACAAGUACCCAGGGGUUCACCUGGAUGACAGACUUGAGUGAAGCACCAACACAGAGGCUGUGUAUAAGAAGGGCCAGAGUCGCCUCUACUUCCUGAGGAGACUGAGGUCCUUUGGAGUAUGCAGGCCUCUCCUUCACAUGUUCUACCAGUCUGUCGUCGCCAGUACAAUCCUCUAUACGGUGGUGUGCUGGGGCAAUGGGUCAACACGGGUGAUGCCAACAGGCUCAAUACACUGAUUAGAGAGUCUGGCUCAGUUAUUGGAGUCAAACUGGACACAACGGAGGCUGUGUGAAAACCCUGGCGAUUCUGGACAAUAUUUCUCACCCUCUGCAAGCCACCUUGGCUGAACAGAGGAGCACUUUUAAUAAUAGGCUGAGACAACUGUGCUGCUCCAAAGAGCGCUAUGCGACGUCAUUCUUACCCCCGGCUAUUAGGCUCUAUAAUGUAGCUAGAGCAGUGAUGACCCCUCCUGUUAGACUGUUUAAGCGCCAUCUGUACCAACUUGGCGAAUGCUCUUCAAUCUGCUACACCCAGUCUCCAUCCCUUCUGUCUCCUCUGACACUGUCAACAGCUCGGCACUCUCCCCAGCCCCCAUUCUCUGUAUCGCCAGUAGAGUGUAAACCACACCAGGAGGACCUCUCUGCGAUUUCUCGGCGAUGGACGGGAUUAAUAAUUUGCCAAAUACACUGGAAGAUCAGUCACGAAGGAGGACGUCACCUCUCUGCUCCCCCUGGCGCCACCCGGGAUGGGCCGGCCGGAACGGGGGCAAGACCUGGGGCGGGCCCAGACCGUCCCGCGGUCAUUCGGCCGGCGGCCUCAGCCAACGACGACGGGGGCCGCGGGCGGGAGCGGUGCGGGGCGGUGAGACGGAGGAGCUGUCCGAGGCGCCGGCGAACGGGGAACACGCCGCUCGCCUCGGGAAACAGGAAGAUGGAACGCAGGGCCAGGGGCCGUUUGGCUCAGCGAUGUUGUACUGAAUUCAAUCUGCUCACUGUCCCUAUCUCUCCAUUCCCUGCACAACCUAACAGUCUAACAGGCUCUGAAACGCCCCUCCCCCAUCGUAUUUGCACCCCCUGGCCGAAUAUGCCAGCCACCCACCGCUCCAUGUGGAACAAAUAACCUUGCCCCUCUCACCUUAAACCCCUGCCCUCUGGUAUUGAAUAUUUCCCGCCCGGGGGAAAAAAAGACAUUUCUGUCAGAAGAAAAGCGUCCCAAAACACUUUGGUCUAUUUUCUUACGGAGGGUUGUCUGAAAAAGCUGGUCUGUGUAAAUCUUACCACUUCUCGAUAAUUACAUUUAAAAGUUCGCCGAUGACUUUACGCCCGUCUUUGAACAAUUCUUUGCCAAACGCGGGCCGCCGGUCAACAGGCCAAGAGGGUGGGAAAGGAAAUGUUUCUCCGGGGAGACUUCCUCUGCUAACGAGACCUGAACCCCCUCCCACCCCACCCACCCAGGCCCAAACGGUGUCGAUUUGCCGGCGUCCCCCGUGCAUCCCGAACGCGAGGUGCUGGAAUUGCAGAGCGACGCACGCACAAAAUGCCGGGUCGGAGUCUCCGCGGGUCGGGCGGCAAAUCGGCGGAAAGGAACAGGCAGCCGGCGCGUUUCGGGCCGAGGGACCCGUCCAUCAGGACUCGCGGAGGGUCUCGGCCCGGAACACGUCGGGACGUUCACUCCGCUCCAUCGCUUCGCUGCCCCGACCUGCUGACUUCCCCCAGCACAUUGUGUGUGUUGCCAAGGAUCAAUGGCAAAUCAAACUCUAUCUAUCAUAUAUAACCAUAUAACAAUUACAGCACGGAAACAGGCCAUCUCGGCCCUUCUAGUCCGUGUCGAACUCUUACUCUCACCGAGUCCCACCAACCUGCACUCAGCCCGUAACCCUCCAUUCCUUUCCUGUCCAUAUAUCUAUACAAUUUAACUUUAAACGACAACAUCGAACCUGCUUCAACCACUUCUGCUGGAAGCUCGUUCCACACAGCUACCACUCUCUGAGUAAAGAAGUUCCCCCUCGUGUUACCCCUAAACUUUUGUCCUUUAACUCUCAACUCAUGUCCUCUUGUUUGAAUCUCCCCCACUCUCAAUGGAAAACGCCUAUCCACGUCAACUCUAUCUAUCCCCCUCAUAAUUUUAAAUACCUCUAUCAAGUCCCCCCUCAACCUUCUACGCUCCAAAGAAUAAAGACCCAACUUGUUCAACCUUUCUCUGUAACUUAGGUGAUGAAACACAGGUAACAUUCUAGUAAAUCUUCCCUGUACUCUCUCUAUUUUGUUGACAUCUUUCCUAUAAUUCGGUGACCAAAACUAUCUAUCUAUCUAUCUAUCUAUCUAUCUAUCUAUCUAUCUAUCUAUCUGGUGGUAAAUCAAGGCCACUGGACUUGGCCGUGUUGUCCGGAGGGAACUUUCGCCACUCGUCCGGGAGGCCUCUCCAGUCCCGAUCCACGGUGGCUAGUUCUCCGGCCGAUAAACUCUCUGCGAAUUGUUUCAAAGUGCGGCCAUCACACGAGGGGUGGGUCGGAGCCGUGGAGGGUAACGAGAGGGCCCUCCGUCUCAUCUCUGAGUGAGUGGAGGUGUGAACUGCUGUGGAGACGCCGGGGUAGAGAUGUUAGGGACCUGCACGGGCAGUCGCUGAUGGGCGGUGUCUCACCCCAAACCCCCCUCUCUGUCCAGCGAUGGGUUUCUCAGUUUGACAAAGGUGGCUCCUUUGAACCCCUCUUUCAGACCACCUGCCCUCCCCGUCCCGAAAUGUGCACGUUGUUAGCGUCAGAGGAAUGCCAACCGCCCCCCCCCACCCCCGUCCUUCAGGUGUAGGGGUACAGCAGGGUCUCGACAUGAGGCGUUAGUCCGCCUGUGUUGGGCCCGGCGUCGCCACAACAGCUCGUGAAAAUCUGUCAACUUGGCGGCAGCAGGUAACUACAUUACAGUAAGGAUAUAUGUAAUUGUAUAACUUCCCGUGACGGGACCCUGAGUGAGAAACGUCCCCGAGAUCGCUCUGUCGGGUCUGCCACGUGCCCAGAUCCGCGAUCGGUCCGUGUCCCUCCCGCUCCCGGUCGGGCCAACAGCCCCCGAGGCGCCCCUGUCGUCCCCGCCUCCGCCACCACCGCCGUCCCGGGCUCCCGCCGCUUCCGGGUGAAAGAAAGACUCGCACCCCCCCCCACACACACACACACGUCUUUAAAUUUUCCCCCUUCACCCUAAAUUCAUCCACCAGUGUUUGAAAUUUCCACCCUCUCCCUCCCUCCUCUCUCUCCCCCUGCUUCCCCCCAUCUCCCCACCUCCCUCCCGCUCCCUCCCUUCCCUCAUUCUCACCCCACCCUCUCCCCCUCCUCCUCUCUCUUCCCCUCCUCCAUGCUCUCCCCACGUUUCUUUGGCCCCGCUCCCCAUCCUCCACUGCACCCCCCGCUCCUUACCCAUUUCUCCCUCACCUCCCUCCUACUCUCUCCCCCUCCCUCCACUCUAAAACCUCCAUCCUUUCUCCCACUCUCUCCCAUCUCUCUACCCACUCUCUCUCCCACCGUCUCUCUCCCUCCUCCUCCCUCUACCCUCUCCUUCUCUCCUCCUCCCUCUAACCUCUCUCUCUCUCCCACCGUCUCUCUCCCUCCUCCUCCCUCUACCCUCUCCUUCUCUCCUCCUCCCUCUACCCACUCUCUCUCCCACCGUCUUUCUCCCUCCUCCUCCCUCUACCCUCUCCUUCUCUCCUCUUCCCUCUAACCUCUCUCUCUCUCUCUCUCUCUCCCCGUCCUCCCUCUACCACACUCUGCCCAUCUCCUGUUCUGACCAACAGAUACCCCCUCCACUACCACACUUGCCCCCUUUCUUUCCCCUCUCUCCCACCUUUCUCCCUCUAUAUCCCCCAUUCUAUGCUCCUUCCCACCUCCCCUCUCUACGUCUCUCUCACCCUUCUUUCUCUCUCCCCCUAUGCUGUGCCCCCUUCCUCCCCCUUUCCCUCUGUAUCUACCCCCCCAUCGCCCCACUCUCCAUCCGCGUGACCCCCACAUCCUUGCCAACCAUUGCUCCAGACAGGAAAUUUUUCCAUGGCCUGGAAACUGUAAAUGCUUUUUUUCCCGUGGCAGGCAUACAAUGAAUAUUGAAAGAAACUCGCAUACUUUUGAAUUUAUUCACUUAUUGUGUGGGGGGAGGGGGUGAAUGAAAUACAGUCCAGCAAAGAAAAUCUUCCGGGUUUCAUGAGCUUUUUUCCAGCUGCAUCCGAUUCCAACCAGCAUGGCAACAAGGGCUAUGUGCGCGGGGGCAUUCCGGUCACUGCGGGGCCACGCCGCUUAGCAGGAACAGCGUUUAGAGAAAUGACUGGGAGAUCGCGACCUGGAGAAGCUCAAACUGAUCGAUCGUCUGACUGCAAAGAAUGAAAAAUAAUUCAAAGCUAUUCAAGUGAGAUUUACAACUGGAAUAAAGAUUAAU